UCCGUAUAACGUCAAAUAUGGUUUGCGAAGAUGGCUGCCUCCAUACUGAAGGUUGCAGGUCUCAUGAGGUGUGCGUGGCACACUUUACCCUCAGUGAGGGCAUUGUCUCUGUCUGUGCCUGUCAGUCAAGGUGUCCCUCAGUCAUUGUGGAAGAUAGGCAGGUUGAAUCAUGUGGCAAUCGCAGUACCAGACCUAGAGAAAGCCACAGCACUGUACCGCGAUGUGCUGGGUGCUCAGGUGAGCGCUACUGUGCCUCUCCCAGAGCAUGGCGUAUACACUGUGUUUGUGGAACUGGGCAACACUAAGCUGGAGCUUCUGCAUCCCCUGGGAGAGAAAAGCCCUAUUGCAGGAUUCCUGCAAAAGAACAAAGCUGGAGGGAUGCAUCAUAUCUGUAUUGAGGUUGAUGAUAUCAAUGCAGCAGUAGUUGAUUUGAAGGCAAAGAAUAUAAGACUGCUCUCACCAGAGCCAAGAAUAGGAGCACAUGGCAAACCUGUGAUGUUCCUCCACCCUAAAGACUGUGAUGGAGUUCUUGUGGAGAUAGAACAAGCAUAGACAUUACACAUGACCCAAGUGAUAACAUUAUGUAGUUUAAAACAAGCUGAAGUUAUGCAAGUGAUGAUUGAAAGUAAAAUGGGAUGUUUCCACUUUCAGACAUUAUUACUCUCUCUUUGUGUUUUUGAUAAUUGUAUCAUUUUGCCUUAAUAUUUAAUAAAUACUUAGUUUGAGGUAAUUGAUCAUUUUUCUGCACCAUUUACAAAAAGUUGUUUUCUAUUGUUAAAGUGAAAGCAGAAACAAGCAAAUCUUGCAGUUUUUUUAAAAUGCUACAAUACAAUGGAAAGUGGUUCUAAUGAAAGUACUAUAUGUUCAUGAAUCAUAAAUGUGUAUUCAAAUCGUCACAAUCCUCCCAUCUGGCUCUCAAAAGAGCUGACAGAUUGAAGCUUUCUUUGUUUGGCCAACAACCAUGUAAUCGGGAUACAACUUGGACCAUAUUUUCACUGUAGUCAGCUCUCUGCCAAAUAUAAAGUUGUUUUGCUAUUACACACUAAAUCUGCUUCUUUUGGAUACAACUGGAGGACGGAGAUUAGGAACUGAUGUUUGUGUGCUGGCGGUUGUCUUGUUGUGUGGUCUCUAAUGUCCUUUUUAAAGUUUUUGAUGUUAAAAUAAAAAAAAUCAUUUUAUUUAUUUAAUUAUUAUUAUUAUUAUUUUUUUUUUUGACAUUUCAGUUUUUUUUGCAAAACAAUAGAAAAGGAACAAUAUUGUGUCCAAUGAAAAUUUCAGCCUGCCACAGACAUUUUCACAUUUUGCCUGGAUUUAAAUCAUUGGUAAAAAAUAACUUUACGGAAAUGUAUUUUACUAGAAAAACAGAGAAAUUGCCCUAGAUCAAAUGUUGA